AGGCACCGCGACCUGGACCGCUGCUUCUGCUUCCCCGCCUCCAGCACAUCCAUUCAUCCAGCCGGAUAAACACUCCAUCUCUCCUGCUGACACUGUUACAACAUGUGAAAGACAACCCGUGAAAGUUUCGACGAGCAGUUGGCGCUGUAGGUCUUUGGGGGAAUUUAACGGGAUACUUUCGAUAUACUACAGAGGGAGCUCCCAAACUCACCGCGGAUAAGAUGAGCAGCGUCUGCCUCACUCUCCACGUGCUGCUGUUGUGCGGAUUGCUCCGGGCACAGCAGCUACUGCUGCCCGGCUCCUGCAACUUUGAGCUGGGCACCUGCGGCUACAUAUCAGACCCAGAGUACGGCAGCUGGAGCAUGAAUGAAGAAGGGCAUUUGAUAACAGUGGACUCAGCCUCCUUACGAGACCAGGAGCAGGCGGUUCUCAUCAGUCCAGUUCUGGACCAGCAGGAAUGGAGCUGUGUGAGGCUUGUGUACCAGAUCACUGGACGGAGUUCCCUGCAGCUCCACCUCAGACCUGAUGGUGAUAACUUUGACUACUGCCUCUGGAAUGCCAACAAAGCCUCUGACAGCUGGCUCAUUGCUAGUGUGGACCUACCCAACACCACGAUCCCCUACCAGGUGUUGCUGGAGGGUCGACCUGAGCGUGGCUCUGGGAACAGCGUGGCCAUCUUUGAAAUCCACAUUGUUCCUGGUUACUGUAUAGAGUGUAAUUUUGAGGAGCACCACCUGUGUGGCUAUAGUAACAGCUGGAACCCAAAUGUCAACUGGUACGUUGGGGGGAGUGUGGCAAGAGAGUCUAACCACACCAACAGUAACCAGAGAGGUCACUACAUGUAUGUGGACUCUGUGUAUGCCAAGCACUUCCAGGAAGUAGCCAAGCUGACCUCGCCCAUAACCACAGUGUCUAUUGCUGGCUGCCUGUCCUUCUACUACCACAGAGACCAGGAGAGGGGAAACAUCUUUACAGUUUUCACCAGAGACCAGCUGGGACACUAUGAGGAGAUCUGGAGGCCGGAGGUGUACACUACUGCUGGUUGGACUGCAGUCAGCGUUGACAUCAAGGCCCCACACCCCCUUGAGGUGGUGUUUGAGGUGGCUUUUAACAGUGCUAGAGGAGGAUAUGUGGCCAUAGAUGACAUCUCCUUUUCUCCUGAGUUCUGCCACAUUGACACAGAGCCGACCUUUGACCCCUCUAUAGCCAACUGUGACUUUGAAGAUGGACUGUGUCUGUACUAUCAGGAGAGAACAGAGAGUAAGGUGUGGAGCAGAGUUUCAGUCAAGCCUAAUGCCUACAGAAUAGGAGACCAUACCACAGGAGCGGGCUGCUUCCUCCUGGCAAACACUCGUUUUACUUCAAAGCCCGGCUACAUGGGUCGCCUUCAUGGUCCCUUUUUACCAGGGAACCACAAAUACUGCCUGAGGUUCUACUACCUGCUUCAUGGAUUUAGGAAAGUGGACAAUGCUCUAGUUAUUUACAUUUAUGACGAAAACAAUGUGGCUCAAGAGAAGGUGUGGAGCCUGACUGACACCUCCAGGGCUGUAUGGACUGAGGUGGAGAUCACCUACAUGAAGCCUAUGCUGUCCAAGGUAGUGUUUGUCAGCAUAUGUAAGAACUUCUGGGAGUGUGGCCUGGUAGCCAUCGAUGACAUCACUGUAAGUCUUGGAGACUGUCAAAUGACAGCAGGAUCCCUCCCAGGCCAGUGUAAUUUUGAAGAUGGGAUCUGUGGCUACUUCCAGGAUAAGAAAGGAGACAAAGCCGACUGGCUGCGAGUCCGAGGACACACCCCCACCUCCUAUACAGGACCUAGAGGAGACCACACUACUGGGGUGGGUUACUUCAUGUACAUCGAGGCAUCACUCAUGCGUCCGGGUCACAAAGCUCGACUGCUGACCUCUGAUCUGCGGGGCUCCUCGUCCCCUCAGUGUUUGAUCUUCUACUAUCACAUGUACGGAUCUGGCACCGGCAUACUGAGCGUGCUUCUGCGCCACAGCAGCAGAGAGAGGGACACACUGCUGUGGAGACGCCGCGGUGAGCAGAGCGUCAGCUGGAUGAGGGCUAUGGUGGACUACCACUGUGAUGUCCGACACCAGAUUAUUUUUGAAGCCAUCCGAGGCCCAACACUACGAAGUGAUAUUGCUAUUGAUGACAUCCAUUUUAAAAGGGGACCGUGUGAAGAUCCUGGUGACAUCACUCCAUACUCAGGCUUCUCAGAGUAUUUCAAUGAGAUUGAGAACUGAGACUGACGGGACGUCUGUCAGUAUAAAUGUUUGGUAGUUUUUCAGAGAUGGGCUGGGUGGUUUUCAGAAGUGUGAAUGUGAACAAUGCACCAAGACAAUUUACAGAGUUAUAGAGUAAUGCUUAUGUUGCAGCCAGGACCUCCACCACACAUACUGCUGACUCUCUUCAUGUACUAGUCCAGUCAUUCUGAUGCUUGUGCUAUUAUUCAGUGUUUCUCUGACCACAGUUCAAGAUCAUGGAAUUGGGUUACACACUGGGGAGUGGUUGUGAUUCCUCCUCGUCACAACAUUAUCCAAUUACAUCUCACAAUAGUCCCACCUUGUUCUCAUGACACUACAAUCCAGUGUUAUGCACAAAAAGCCAUACAGAUAUUUGCCAGUAAUGCUAGAAGUCAAUAGCUAUUUAAGUUACAAAGCACAACUGCUCUGCCAUUUUCACUCAGAGCUCGAUAGAGAUAACCAACACAUAACUGAGUGUUUGCCCAGUUGCUUUUCAGUUGAAACUAAUGAGCUGGAAGCUUGCUUUAAAGCCAAACCUGAAACAUAAUUUCCUUUGGUCCUUUAAUUGUGGUGACUUACUAAAUUAUCACAAAAAAAGAGUGGCAAACAGAAGUUUAUGAUACUUACAUUUCUGGUUCAGCAAGAUAAUCCUCACAAAUAAACACCUCAUUUGUGAUUUUGAAGCCUAAAUGCCAUCGCUAAAAGUACAAAGCCAGCAUUCGGCUAUAAAUGAACUAUGGUCGCAUGACUUUAAUGCCGCUGCAACAACGAGGCUGUGAAGCCAUUGAUGUUCUAUAGUCUCAAAUAGCCUCUUCUUAGCAACCGCCUUUUUUAGGACACAUAAAAGCUUCAUAAUUCACAAGUGGAGUAUUUACUGAUGUGUUUUAUCUCGUAGAACAAUAUGUGAAAAUCUCUUAAGCUUGUGUUAAACCUUAUUUCAGGCAUCAAACCAAAUCCAAGUCAUUCAACAACAAAAAAAAAAAAAACAACACAUCGACUUCCAGAUGAGGGAAGUGGGAGUGCUAAAAUGUUUACUCAUUUCUGAGUUUUAGGACUUAUUCCAAGAGCACUCUAGGGUACAGAGAAAGAAUAUCAUACCAUAAAACUUUGAUUAAAAGCCUGGUCCCAAUUAAACAUCCAGUCCCUUUCACAAUUUACACGUUUUUACAAAUAACACAUUUUGACAAAUAACACCUGUCUCAAUUAGAGGCCUGGUCUGUUUGCCAAGCAGUUCAUUUUUAUAGAAAUUCUUCAGUUGUAUACAAGCAAGUUGUUGGCUACCUUAAUUUAUGUGUCUAUUCCUCGAUUACCCUGUAAGUUGGUCAUAUUCUUUUAGUCUAUAAGAAUCCUCUGAUCAAAAGAGUCCAAAGGGUUUUUCAAAAAAGCCUUAUUGGGCUUUAAGACUGUAUGGAAAAGAAGAACAUGUUGGUGCAUAGUGGCACUGGGCCUUGACUGCUGCCAUGUGGAAACAAAGCACACAUCCAAAUAACAACACCACCAAAACAUCAGGAUUAAGCAAUACUCCUUUUAUUUGGGCUUCCACUGUUGCACUAUUGUUUGUUUGUUUGUUCACUCUGUUCUGUAUAUAUUUGUUUAUAGUGUCUGAUUUUUGAAUUUACAAAUGGAUUGAGAUUCAAGAGAUGGGAAUGUCCAGAAAUCUUCUGUUAGGAACACUUAGCUGCUUUGCUGUGGACAAGUGUAAAGUCUAAAAGUCAGUACCAUGCAACUGUGCUAAUAUUUCUCAUAUCUCAUCUCAGAAUAUAAACAAAGUUGUGCAGGUAUUUUUUUUCAUUGGAUUUCAUACAGUAUUGUUAAAUAUUAGCUCCACUGUGACAAUGGAUUUGAAUCCAGCUUCAGUCUGAAGUCACAAUCUAGGUGCUUACAGAUAUCUGACACUUUUUUAAAGGUAAAUCCUGUUUCAUGUGUACAUCAGUAUCUUUUUGAAGGCAUGGAUUCAGUGAGGUGCUGGAAACCUUCCCUAGAGGUUUGAUCCAUGCUGACUCAUUAGCAUCAUACAGUUCCUGCAGACUUUUCAGCCAUACAUGCUACAGAUCUCUGCAGACUUCUGAGUGUUCUGCUGUGGAUAUACAUGUUCCUCUGUACACCACUGUGGAGCUGCUCUUGUACCUUGAUCCUUCUGUUAACCAGACUGAAUGAGGGGAUGUGGGCAGUGAGUCAGAGGUCUGGAACCAGACUAUUUCCUGUUAGCUUCCAUGCUGACCUGUACACUCAUGGUUUCUUGUUUACUCACCAUUCUGUCAGCUCCAGACACUAUAGUGCAUGAGUUUAUGGUUAUCUCCUUGACCAUGUUAGUGUGGAUAUUUUUAAUGACAUUUUUGACAAAAUAUCAAAAAAAAGAGAGAGAAAAAAAAGGCUGCAACACAAUAUGGUGUCCCACAAAUAAUGUACAUUCAAUGUAUUAAUUUAACCCUGAACUUUGACUGCUAGAACUGGUGACUAUCAGUUUUUAUAAAUUUGUCUUCAAACCA